AUGGGGAAGGCUUUUUACAGCAUAUGUGUAGCACUGUUGUAUGCUCUUUUGCCAUUGGAGGGGAGUGUCAAUGCUGAAAGGAUAAGGGACGUCCACGCUAAUUACCUCCCUUAUGGUGAAAAUGCAGUUGAAUUCUUCUGCAAACCAAGUGGACGUUUCUCAGACGGCCGACUUAUAACUGAUUUCAUUUCUGAGCUUGCAAACCUACCACUUAUCUCACCAUAUUUGCAGCCGCAUGCUGACCUUUCUUAUGGAGCCAACUUGGGAUCAGUUGCUGCAGGAAUCGUUGUGGAAAUAUACAGAGGAAAGGUUCUAUUCAAUCAUGGAGCAAGAAAGUUUCUGUUCAUGUCACUCAAGGACAUAGGAUGCCUGCCGGGAUUCUCUGAUGGACUGAAUGUCUGUUGCGGAACCGGGCCAUUUUGGGGCUUGACUACCUGUGGCGGAACGUAUGGGGCCAAAAUUUACCAUUUGUGCCGAAAUGUGAAAUUGAAGGUUCCUGUUAUCAAAGCAUAUAAGUUAUCUUUGCUUAAAAGAGCAACAACCAACUAA